CGCCUAACCUACCAGAUGUCAACACGUAUUACAGAGUAUCCUAGUGAUAAGCUAGUUGACGGCAAAGUGCUGACUGGACACAUAUCCCAUGGAGCAUGUACCUCAACUUUAGAUGAGAAAGUAGUUGCCAUGUGGAUAGUAGAUCUGAAGAAACCUCGACGAAUUGAGCGCAUAAAUGUAUUUUCAAGAACGGAUAAUUUGACUUGGGAUAAAAGCAAUGAUUUCACCAAAAAGCUUCUUGGAUUUUCCAUCAUUGUAUCUAAUACAUCUGAUCGUCGAGAUGGUGUCGUCUGCUAUCAAGAUACACAAUACACUGCAUCCACGAUACCCGAUAAGGUGGAAAUAUUCUGUUCUGUGAUUGGUCGAUUCGUCUUCUAUUAUAAUGAGAGACUCCCUGGGAUACGUUAUCCAAAGGAUUACAGUAAAUAUGCAUAUGGCGAUCUAUGUGAGAUUGAAGUUUCAGGUUGUCCCGUUGCCGAAUUUGGAUACGAAAAUGCAGAUUGCACUAUCCCGUGCCUUGCCAUGUGUCAUAAAUAUCUGGAGAACUUGAGCUAUAGAAAACCCACAUGGCAGUCCUAUACCUAUGCUGAGUUCGGAUCGAGCGAUAAAGCUGUGGACGGGAGGAAGUCCCGCCAUUAUAGGGAUGGUCAGUGUACAAUCACAAGCCAAUCAGCGAGCAAUACGUGGUGGGUCAAUCUGGAAAACAAGUACAGGAUCGCCUUCAUAACCUUGUAUUUAAGGACGGAUAACUCUACCUUUUAUUUUGGAAGUAUAUUUGCAAAAUAUUACCUCGGGUUUGCUGUGUACGUUUCGAACACGACCAAUAGAAAUGAUGGAGUGUUAUGUUACAAAGAUCGUAGUUAUUCAACACGUACGCUUCCUGAUCGCGUUACCAUUAGGUGUCUGCAGACUGCACAGUACGUCAUCUACUACAAUGAACGUCGACGUGGUGUGGUCUAUGAUUCCGAUUAUUCUCACAACGUGUUUGGAGAUUUGUGUGAAGUUGAAGUUUACGGAUGUCCAAGUCCCGUUGCGGAAGUACCGGAGUGUUCAAAGCCCUGCCCUUCCAACUGUGAGACAUGUUAUCCCAACACAGGGUUUUGUACAAAAUGUAAACCUGGAUUCGAGGGUUCGGCGUGUGAUGUAGUUUGCGAUGCUAUAGGUAGAGCUGGGAUAGCCAACGACGGUUUUUACAAUGGUUCUUUCACUGAUAUGUUCACUUCUGAAGGACACACAUUCUUACCGACGGAACACGGAUUUGCACGUCUCAUCUUGACUCUAUCGGGGAAGUCUUCAAACGUUGCAAAAUUGUCCUUCACUAUCCAUAAGGCAUCUAACGUAUUUGUUGCUUUCGUAAAUAGCACAAAUGAGUAUACCGUAAUGCAUUUCGAGCAAUACACAAAAACGCAACACUGGGAAGUCAACGUAAUAAACGAAUUCAUGUCCAAGGUCCAUUUGAUCCGAAUAACAGUCCAAUUCAAAAUUCCGUUCACCAUCUCAAAUCUGAGACUUCCGUUGCGGGCUUGCUUCAGGAAUGACAGUGACAUUAGUGAAAUGGCAUGGCGCAGACCUGGAAUGUUCAAAUAUGUGCGAGAGAUACACUAAUAAUAUCAUAUUUUGUGUAGAAAUGAUUUAAGUAAAGCAAACCAGGUAGAAAACUUUAUUUCGUC